AUGAGAGUGCUCGCGGUCCUGGGUGUCACGCUGGUGGCGGCCUGCACACACAGCUUCUUCCCCUUCCUCCUGAGAGGCAAGGACCUCCUGUGGGGACGGAGCAGAGACUCUGCUGUCAUCAGCAUCGUGGAAGAGAGCAGGCGCAGGGUGGACGCCGCCAUCUACCACACCAUGAAGAGGGACCUCGGCAAAAGAGAGAUCCCUCGUCCAUCACAGCUUCUGUCUUUUUCCAAACUCCCUGAGCCAACCAGCCGAGCCAUUGCCCGAGCCGCCGAGAUCAUGGAAGCUUCCGUGCAGGCCCUGAAGACAAGCGUCUCCGGGAAGCUCGGACAAUCUCAGCCUCCCACCGACGUCCUGCCGGAAGAUGUGCUGAAGACAGUUGCGAACGUGUCCGGAUGCCUGCCCUACAUGCUACCCCCCAGAUGUCCAAAAACCUGCCUGGCCAACAAGUACAGGCUCAUCACGGGCGCUUGCAACAACAGAGACCACCCCAGGUGGGGAGCCUCCAACACAGCCCUGGCGCGAUGGCUGCCGCCCACCUACGAAGACGGGGUCAGUGAGCCCAGAGGCUGGAACCCCCACUUGCGGUACAACGGCUUCCCACUGCCCCCGGUCCGUGAGGUGACAAGACAAGUCAUUCAAGUUCCCAACGAGGCCGUCACGGAGGAUGAUCAAUAUUCUGAUCUCCUAAUGGUGUGGGGGCAAUAUAUUGAUCACGACAUUGCGUUCACGCCUCAGAGCACCAGCAAAGCUGCAUUUGGGGGAGGAGCUGAUUGCCAGCUGACCUGUGAAAACCAAAACCCAUGUUUCCCCAUACAGCUGCCCACCAACACCUCGGGGACCGCAGGUGGUGCCUGUUUGCCAUUUUACCGCUCUUCUGCCGCCUGUGGCUCCGGGAUCCAAGGCGCCUUCUUUGGCAACCUGACCUCAGCCAACCCGCGACAGCAGAUGAACGGGCUGACCUCGUUCCUGGACGCGUCCACGGUGUACGGCAGCUCCCCGGCCUUGGAGAAGCAGCUGCGCAACUGGACCAGCGCCGAGGGGCUGCUCCGGGUCAACGCGCGCUACCGGGACUCAGGCCGCGCCUACCUGCCCUUCACGCGUCCACCCGCGCCCACAGCCUGCGCGCCUGAGCCCGGCCCCGGCGGGAGAGCCGGAGCGCCCUGCUUCCUGGCGGGGGACGGCCGUGCCAGCGAGGUCCCCGCUCUGACGGCCGUGCACACGCUGUGGCUGCGCGAGCACAACCGCCUGGCGUCCGCGCUCAAGGCUCUCAACGCGCACUGGAGCGCCGACACUGCCUACCAGGAGGCGCGCAAGGUGGUGGGCGCCCUGCACCAGAUCAUUACCAUGCGGGACUAUGUUCCCAAAGUCCUGGGCCCCGAGGCCUUCCAGCAGCAUGUGGGCCCCUAUAAGGGCUAUGACCCCGCUGUGGACCCCACCGUGUCCAAUGUGUUUUCCACGGCCGCCUUCCGCUUCGGCCACGCCACGGUGCACCCGCUGGUCAGGCGGCUGGAUGCCCGCUUCCAGGAGCACCCUGGCCUUCCCCCUCUGCGGCUGCAGGACGCCUUCUUCAGCCCCUGGAGGCUCCUCAAGGAAGGUGGUUUGGACCCUCUGAUGAGGGGCCUUCUCGCGAGACCAGCCAAGCUGCAGGUGCAGGACCAGCUGAUGAAUGAAGAGCUGACGGAGAGGCUGUUCGUGCUGGGGAGCUCGGGCAGGCUGGACCUGGCGUCCAUCAACCUGCAGCGUGGCAGGGACCAUGGCCUGCCAGGCUACAACGCGUGGAGGGAGUUCUGCGGCUUGCCCAGACUGGAGACGCGGGCCGACCUGCGCGCCGCCAUGGCCAACGCGAGCAUCGCCGGCCGGAUAAUGGACCUGUAUGGGCACCCCGACAACAUCGACGUCUGGCUGGGCGGCCUGGCGGAGACCUUCCUCCCCCAGGCCCGCACGGGUCCGCUGUUUGCGUGCCUCAUUGGGAAACAGAUGAAGGCCCUGAGGGACGGGGACCGGUUCUGGUGGGAGAGCAGCGGGGUGUUCACCGAGGCCCAACGGCGUGAGCUGGCGAGGCAUUCCCUGUCCCGGGUCAUCUGUGACAACACGGGCCUCCCCAGCGUGCCCGCUGAUGCCUUCCAAAUUGGGAGAUUCCCGCGGGACUUUGAGUCAUGCGAGAACAUUCCGGGUCUGAACCUGGACAUGUGGAGGGAGGCCCUUCCUCAAGGUGACACGUGCAGCCUCCCGGAUGGCGUGGACAACGGGGGCUUCGCGCUCUGUGGCGAGUCUGGGCGGUAUGUGCUUGUGUUCUCCUGCCGCCACGGGUUCCAGCUGCAAGGCCAGGAGCAGGUGGCCUGCUCCCCCCAUGGCGCGGAUCUCCAGCCCCCCGUCUGCAGAGAUAUCAACGAGUGUGAAGACGUGACACCCCCUCCCUGCCAUCCGUCGGCCAGGUGCAGGAACACCAAGGGCAGCUUCAGGUGUGAGUGCACGGAUCCCUAUGUGCUGGGGGAGGACGGAAGGACGUGUGUAGACUCCGGGAGGCUCCCGAACGCAUCCUUGGUCUCCAUCGUGUUGGGCGCCCUGCUGGUCGGCGGCCUGGCAGGCCUCACCUGGACAGCGGUUUGCCGGUGGACGCACAAGGGCCGUAAAGCCUCACUGCCCAUCGCGGAGACAGAUGGAAGAGGGACCUGCCAGCUGGGUCGUGGAGCACGCCGGGACAUGCGUGUGCCACAGCCCGACCAGGAGGCCAUCACGGAGGCCCUGGUCCUGUCGCCCGCGUGGUGA